AUGACUUACAUGUACCGCGGAUAUGGUUACGUGGUGGAUUCCUGUCCCACCAGUGAGACAGAGUUUAUCAGAGCUGCUACCAGACUAAACUGUGGAGUGGACGAGUAUGGGCGUAGUCAGUACACCUGUGUCCCUAACGAAGACAGAUCUGCUCUUGUAGAAUUCUGCUACAGCAAAAUAGUCGGGUUUUAUCAAAAAGGACAUUGCUUGGUAACAACUGGAAAUGGAACAUUAGAUCAAAUCAGUUGUCAUCACUUUAAAACUGGAUGCCCAGAAGAAAAUUUUCGAGGAACUGGCUUAUACAAAUUUUCAGCUUGCAGUAGAAUCAACGCAGAAAUGCAAUGUUUUUAUGCAGAUCCAUCAUGUUCGAACACGUAAAUUUUCAA